UUCCAUCAGACUGGAAAGUCCUUGCUGCAAAUCUGGGAGGGUUAACCGAGCUUCUACCCCAGCCUACUAGCUAACCAAAGGAGAUAGCCGGUAAGAUCCAGAGCCCUCCCUCCUGCAAAGCUGGCUAGCCAAUCGGCACCUGGAGGAAGUGUGACCACGGAUCUCAUUGGCUGCCAACCUCCUCGCAUAAGGAAGAGAGGGAGGCAGGCAGGGAAGCAUUGUUAUCUUAAGACACUCAUCUGGUGCCUGAGUCUGCAGGUGACACUGCUUAGGUACAGAGUUCGGAGUCGGAGCAUGGGAACGCAGGGCUAUAGGCAGUCUUGGAAUCAAAUCGCCGAGAACCGGCUCCUGGGUUAGUUGUGUCUCAAGCCGGGGGGACCUCUCUACUAGUUACCCACCUCUGUGGGUGCACCUGCUGUGUGUAGAGAGGGCAGGAGCAAAUCAGCUAGCAGCAUGAUCUCGGCUGAACGCUGUGGACUUGCCUUUCCCCAAGUGAAAAGCACUGAUUGGGAGAAGAGAGAGUGAGAGGCUUUUUAGAGUUGGAAAAGAAGGCGAGCUCCUGGAUUUCUCUCCGCAGAGGGACCUAGGACUCCCCAAGGGGCUGGUUUUGUACUGUCAUUGCUUCUUUCGUCUUGUCUUCACCCUUCUGAUCCAGUCCAGAAGCACUCCUUAACCAUGCUUUGGGUUACCGGAGUUCUUGGUGUUCGGCUGGAAGAGAGCAGGCGAGAGGUAUAGCGGCACCAGCAGCAAGGGGAAGACAGAAUUUGGAAAGGGGUAUCCGUGCUCUCUCCCAUUCUGAAAGGAAGGCGUUCGCAUCCCCUCCAAAUAUGGGAAGGGGGAGGGGGGAGCACGUGAAAUCAUGAAAUAAAAACUUUGGAAAGCUGCCACCGGAGAUGUGGUUGGGGCUGCAAAAACCCUGGAAUCUGUUAGGAAUCUCCUCUCAGACGCUCUGGGGCUUGGGAGCAGCUGAUACAGCAAGGAUUCAAGGAGCCCUGGAGGAGCGGUGCUGACGGGGGAGCGUGGCGAGAGAAUGAAGAAGCCAACCGCCCAGGAGAAGCAUGAGGUGGCAGUGUGGCGCUCGGUUUAAAGGGCUUCGGCUGGCCAUCCCAUGGGCGACGCUGCUGGCGCUAGGUCUCCCCGGCUGGAUCUUUGCGGCCACUGCCAUUGCUGCCGCUGCUGUGGCCCCUGAGCAACAUGCCUCUUUGGCUGGCCAGCCCCCUUUGGAUUGGCUGCUCACUGACCGGGGUCCAUUUCACCGUGCUCAGGAGUAUGCGGACUUCAUGGAACGGUACCGUCAAGGUUUCACCACCAGAUACAGGAUUUACAGAGAGUUUGCCCGAUGGAAAGUGAACAACUUGGCUCUCGAAAGAAAGGACUUUUUCAGCUUACCAUUACCUCUUGCCCCAGAAUUCAUCCGGAACAUUCGCCUUCUGGGAAGGAGGCCCAGCCUACAGCAAAUUACAGAAAACCUCAUCAAGAAGUACGGCACUCAUUUUUUACUCUCCGCAACUCUUGGAGGUGAAGAGUCAUUGACCAUUUUUGUGGACAAGAGGAAACUCAGCCGGAAAGCAGAAGCAAGCGAAGCUACUGGGGCUGGGAGAAGUGGGAACAAUUCUGCUGUGUCUCUGGAGACCCUACACCAGCUGGCGGCCUCCUACUUCAUUGACAGAGAAAGCACACUCCGCCGUCUCCAUCACAUCCAGAUAGCAACAGCUGCCAUUAAGGUCACAGAGACACGGACAGGCCCUCUAGGCUGCAGUAACUAUGAUAAUCUGGAUUCUGUCAGCUCAGUCCUGGUGCAAAGUCCAGAAAACAAGGUGCAAUUAUUAGGCCUGCAGGUGCUGCUGCCUGAGUACCUAAGAGAGCGAUUUGUGACUGCUGCUCUCAGCUAUAUCACCUGCAGCUCUGAAGGGGAGCUCAUCUGCCGAGAAAAUGACUGCUGGUGCCAGUGUGGACCCAGCUUCCCAGAGUGCAACUGCCCUGAACCGGACAUUCAGGCCAUGGAAGAUAGCUUGCUCCAGAUUCAGGACACCUGGGCUACACACAAUAGACAGUUUGAGGAGUCAGAGGAAUUCCAGGCCCUGCUAAAAAGACUUCCAGAGGACAGAUUCCUGAACUCAACUGCCAUCUCCCAGUUUUGGGCCAUGGAUUCAAACCUCCAGCACCGUUACCAGCAACUGGGGACCAACUUAAAACUGCUGUCCAAGAAAACCCAUCGGGUCAUUCGCCGCCUCUUCAACCUUUGCAAACGCUGCCCCAGACAGCCUCGAUUCUGGCUGCCUAAGGAAAGACCCUUAUCCUAUUGGUGGAACCGGAUCCAGUCUUUCUUAUAUUGUGCAGAAAGCACUUUCCCUGGGACUUUCUUGGAGCAGAGCCACAGCUGCACCUGCCCCUAUGACCAAUCAUCUUGCCAGGGUCCCAUUCCGUGUGCCUUGGGUGAUGGGCCAGCCUGUGCUGUCUGUGCACCAGACAAUAGCACCCGUUGUGGGAGUUGCAACGAUGGCUAUGUGCUGACUCAGGGUUUGUGCCGGCCAGAGGUGGCGGAGUCCCUGGAGAAUUACCUUGGCCUAGAGACAGAUCUGCAGGAUCUGGAACUUAAGUACCUGCUUCAGAAACGGGACAGCCGCAUUGAAGUGCACUCCAUCUUCAUCAGCAAUGACAUGCGUCUGGGCAGCUGGUUUGACCCCUCAUGGAGAAAGCGCAUGCUUCUGACUCUAAAAAGUAAUAAGUACAAGCCAGGGUUAGUCCAUGUAAUGCUGGCUUUGUCGCUGCAGAUCUGUCUCACCAAGAACAGCACUCUGGAGCCUGCCAUGGCCAUCUACGUCAAUCCCUUUGGGGGCAGCCAUUCAGAGAGCUGGUUCAUGCCUGUGAAUGAAGGUGAUUUUCCAGACUGGGAAAGGACUAAUGUGGAUGCAUCUGCCCAGUGCCAAAACUGGACGCUCACCUUAGGAAACAAGUGGAAAACCUUUUUCGAGACAGUCCAUGUCUAUCUGAGGAGCCGGAUCAAAUCCCUUGAUGACAAUUCGAAUGAGACACUUUACUAUGAGCCCCUUGAGAUGUCUGACCCCUCCAAGAAUCUGGGCUACAUGAAAAUCAACAGCUUGCAGGUCUUUGGUUAUAGCAUGCCCUUUGACCCUGAUGCUAUUCGGGACUUAAUCCUCCAGCUGGAUUACCCAUACACUCAAGGUUCCCAGGACUCUGCACUCUUACAGCUUAUUGAGAUCAGGGACCGAGUGAACCAGCUUUCUCCGCCUGGAAAAGUGCGGCUUGACCUUUUCUCUUGCUUGCUCCGGCAUCGACUCAAACUGGCCAAUAACGAAGUGGGCAGGAUUCAGUCCUCCCUGAGGGCCUUCAAUGCCAAACUGCCAAAUCCUGUGGAGUAUGAGACUGGCAAGCUCUGCAGCUAACCUGGGGGCUCUGGUUAUGUCCCGGGGCUGGGAAGCAAGGGAGCCAACAAUGACUAAAGGGCCUUAUCUUAGUGCCAAUCAUGUGCAUUGACAAGUGAGACUUGAGAUAAGAUGGGAUGCAGAUGUGGGCACACAGAAGCCUAAACCUAUAUACACACUAUCUCCCUCACUGGGAGACUAAAAUGAAACAAAAUCUGAUUGGUAAAAUCAGUGAUUUCUGACAUGAGAACAGUUGAUAAGAGAAGAGAAUUUUUAAAACCUUCUCUCACAUAUACCAAUAUGUUUCAGAAAUCUUUAAAAGUGAUUCUUGCCAUUCAAAGGAAAGAAAGAGCAAAGUGGGGUUGAGCAUUGGGCCUCCCACUCCAAGGAGUCACUUUUGUAUUCUUUUUAACCAGAUGUUUCUAACAAUGUAGUGGUUUUGUGUUCCCCAUUUUGGUUUUUUCGGUUUUUGUAUUUUUCCUCUGCUGUGCCCUCUCAACACUGCCUUUUCCCUCAGAACACACCCCACUGGGAAACCCUUGAGAAUGAAACAGACAGAGAUUGUGUUUGUUGCUUCUCAUAUUCAUCCCUAUACCUCAGUACUCCUCUUUGACCCCUCCUCUCUCUCUGUCCCACCAACAAUCCCAGGGCGCCACAUUUUUCCCAUCACCCCAUGCAUCUCUUCAUCUAACUGGACUUAUCCCCUAGAAGCAAUGAUGUCAAGUUAGUAAUAGAUAUUCAAUGUAUAGGGCUAUCUUUCUUUCUUUCUUUUUUAAUCAAAAAAUAUUUAUUUUAUGAUUUUUUUUGUUAAUUUGCUCCAACCAAGUGACAUCUAAGUAAAAUUUACCUGAUUUAAUAUAUUUUUUAAAAAAUACCUUUUUGAGGAAAAAAAGAGAAAAGAGAAAAAAAAGUGUCUUUCUCUGGGUUGGCUAGAAGUUUUGUUUGUUACUUUGCCUGCUGUGAACGUGUUGGUGUGCUGUGACUGAAUGACUUGAUUGGUGUGGAGUCCUGUUUGUACCUAUGGCAUUGCAAGACAUCUUGCUGUGUUCUAGAUCUGUGUGCAUAUAUGUAUGUGUUAAGGGGUGUAUGUGUGUGCAAAUUGUAGGCAUGCUUAUGAGUGACAAAGAGUCAAUUAAUAAGUAUUCAUUAGCUCCUAAUAUAUGGUAGGCACUGAUUAAGGGAAAAUACAAGCUCUUCAUUAGCCAAUUCUCUCAUCACAUUAUUUUUGUUCUAGGCUUAGAUUCAGUUUAUCCCCACAUACAUAAGUUCACAGUAGGAGGUCAGUUUAAGCCAGUUUUUGCUUCAGGGAGGUAGAACAUCUCUGUGUUUUGGCUAGGAAAUUUGGUGAAGGAUAAGCAAAGUAGGCAGUCUUUGGCUCUGCUGCCAUCGGCUUCUUGGAUAUGUUUCAACACUCUUUCUUUCAUGAGACUGAAUCACUCCCAGGAGGAAGUGGACAAAAUUCAGGGAGCAGUCCCUCUAAGACCAUUCUCUUUACUAUCCAUUUUCCUCUUAAAAAAGAAACUGAAGGGAAACUUUUACUUUUGACAUGGAGAUGGAUGCAUCAUUUUCCACCUGGAUCCUAGCAUGGUAAAUGUUUCCCACUCUUUCCCCAGAUGAAUCAUUUUUCUCUCAGUUCUUCACAUGUUCCCAGUAUAAUUUGUAGGCAUGACAACCCCAAUCCUAUUCAGGAGAAUGCAAUACACAAAUAGCAAGCAUUUCAUUUACCACCUAUGGUACUUCACAGUUGGUGUAACUGGAAUCAGGAGACAGUAGGAAGCCAGUCAGUUCUAUUCAGACCUGUUCAAAGAUUACUGUCAUGCUCUAGCUUUCUGUUUUAUUAUAUUAAAUCACUCCAUCUCUUUUUAGUCUAUAAGGAUCCCGAAUUUCUGUGAAAUAAGUGGCCCAGAGCACUGUUGCCUUCAAAGCUCCCAUUAAACCCUUCUAGGUCAGGAAUAUUGAGUGAUGGUCUGGUCUUAUGAUAAAUAACAUAUACCAAUUGAAGCUGUUGUUCCAUGUCUGUUUCUUCACCUGCAGAGAUCUGGUCAAUACUUGUCAUCUCCUGAGCGAGGACUGUGGAUUUCAGUUAGACUCUGGUACUGAGAACAGGGAAGGUAGUUGAAAAGAGAAAAUGCUUUCGUUGUUUGAUAAAGGAUGUUUGAGAAGUGAAGUGUGUGUAAAAAGCAUGAUUUUACACUCUGACAUGCAUGUCUUCAUAUUGUGUGAGUGAGCAGAGUGAGGGACUUUAGCUCACUAAUUAAAGGCAUCAAGGUCUCAGGUGGAAGACUUAGCGACCUGCCAUAACAACAUGAGCGUUCUGAGAAGGGGAGCCUUCACAAGGCUAGCUGAACAUGACUGUCAAAAUUGACAGUCUGGAAUCUCAGUAAAACGGAUUUAUUUAUUCAGAUGGAAAUUGAGUCAGGACAAAGAAUCACAGAUUUGGUACUCAAUAGGACCACAGAAGUCAUCUAAUCUAAAGUCAUCCUCACUUUAUAGAUGAAAAAACUGAGACCGGAGUACUUAAGUGUCUAUUACCUACUUGAGUGUUAAAUGUGAAAGAACUAGGAUUCAAACUCAGACCCUCCAACCCUCAAAUCCAAACUUUUUCCACUGGUACCAUGUCCCACUCAGCUCCCAAAUAAGGGCAAUUUCUCCUACUUGUCCCCCAGCCCUUAAAAUCCCCAAGAUUUUAUGUACCUAAAAUGAUGGGGAACUAUAGCUGCUUGGUUCUAAAUAAAAAAUCCAGUUUGGGGAAAGAGUGUGGCCUCUUCACUUCCUUAUAAAGAUGGAUCUUCAGAACUCCCCAGCUUUGUCCUUUUCAGUUUUGAUGGUCUAGCAGGAAGGUCAAGAGAUUUUAGAAAGAACCAGAUGUGUAAAGGAUAGUUGCCAACUCUUUGCUAGUUUGGAUGUUAGGCUAUGAAAACUGAAGUUGUCACCUUCAUCUAAGCAAUCUUGAAGGCUUCUCACAUAUCAGAUCCAUGUUGACAACAGGCUGCUUUAUUAUUAAAAUACAUUCAUUGAUCCAAUGCUUAACUUGAUGACUGAUAUAAUGUUCAGUUUUGAGGUGUUUCUCUGAUACUUCCUGAAGCAGUAAUAUUUUACACUAUGACUACUCCUACCAUACAAAUUUCCUUUGUUAACAUAGAUCCUAUGAUAGAUUAGAGGUUUAGAGCUAGAAAUAUUUUUAGAUGUUCUCUAGUCCAAACUCUUCAUAUUCUAGAAGCCAGGAGCGAUUAUGAUUUUUAAGGGUCAAAUAAUAUUGAUAAUAUUAUUCAUAAUAGCUAGCAUUUAUGUAGCACUUAUUUUGUUCC